GCGAUGAGCACGGACGACGACGGCGACGUGGACUUUGACGCUGCAUUCGACGACCUCUUCUUCUCGGAGCCAAAGCCGAUCGGCAAGACACCGGAGCAGAACGUCCUCGUCUCGGACGACGAAUGGCGGUUGCCCCCAGUUGAAGCACCAACGCCCGUCGCCGCACCAACGCCGGUGACCAACGCGGGCAACCCGUUCGCGUCGCUACCACACGUCGAAUCACCGCUGCCACCAACGAUAGCCGACCCAACGUUGGCGCCGCCACCGCCAGCGCACACUACGAGUGGACCUUUAGGGGCAGCUGUGCGCUGCACGACGCUACCAAGUGCCCGCGACCUGCCGUCCGGCGGCACCGUCGCGACCAUCGGUAUCAGGGACGACAGCGAACACGAGUGGGACCACCUCGUGUCGGAGAAGGGUGUCUUGGCGACGGUCCACGAGGGCGACGAGACCAAGCCGCGGUAUGUUCGAAAGAGCCUCUCGUCGGUGCCGGAGCAGCACAAGAGCCUCGGCGAGUCGCAGCGCCAAGCGCUCUGGCACACGCUGCACGCCAACGGCAGUGUCGCGGCGCUGAGCAUCGCGCCCGUGAAGCGCGUGUCGAUGCCGACAGCCCACAUCGUCCACGAACCGCGCAAGGGCGAGACGCUGCUGCACACGAUCGACCUCAAGCUCGCGUCCUUUGCGUCCUACUUGGGCGAGACCAAGACGCUCAAGACCGAGCUGGAAGCAGCGCACUUGGCCAACGCAGCGUACGCGUCCAAAGUGGCCCACCUCGAAGAGUCGGUGGCUGCACACGUCUCGAACGAGAUGCAGCUGCGAGCGUACAUUCAGGCGCUUGAAUCCAGCGUGGGCGCCUUGCAGGACUCGGCGGCAGCGAUGGAAGCGAGCCAGUCAAAGCUACUGCAAGCCCAGGUACACUGGUCCAAGCAACGGCGUCUGCUACAAUCGAGUGCGCUUCGCCGCAUUUUCGACCAUGCCACGGCGUCGGUGCUGCGACGGGUGUUUACGCAGUGGGUGACGUCGGUGCGCCGGCGACAGGCGCGGUUGGGGCUCGCGACCAACAAAAUGGCAAUGAUCCUCUUUGCCCACGCAGAGAAGCGACACGGCAUGGACCGUGGCUUGCACUGUCUGCGCAGCUCGGGACAGCUCCAGGCUGGCGAGCACCGCGCAGCCAUGGCGACGACGAUGGUCAAGGAGUACCGACGCCACGCCCGCGAGACGUCGCUGCAGUGCAUGCUUCUUCUCAUGGAAGCACACUCCAAGCAGUGGCGAAUGAAGACCCUCGGUACGUCGUUUCGGCGGUGGCGAGCGACAAGCCACGACACCACCGUCCGAUACCGCUAUCGGCUCUACGCUUUCCGCCGGCUCAAUCGGUGGAUGCAACUGCGCGGCCUCGAUACGACCCGGCGGGCGCUAACAACCUGGCGGGGCUCGACGCAGAGCAAUGUACUACAGUCGGCCAUCGCAACGGCGUCGGCCCAGGUGCACGAGCUCCACGAAGCCAAAGAGUGCGUCUUUGCGCUCUCACGGCAAAAGGCCAAGGUCGAAGAGUCGACGCGGCAGCUUGAGCACCGGUUGACCGAGCAAACCGAUGUCAUGACGCAGCUCCGGGGCGAGCUUCAGCUCAGUAAGCACGGGUUUGUGGCGUACGUUCUACGACAUAUCGACCGGGCGACCGGUGUCCGCCAGUGGUUGCUCCAGUGGCGGGCGGCAGCGAGGUUGUCAAAAGCCACUAAGUCACUCGACACCAGGGUCGCCUCGCUUGAGACUGCGCUCGACGACCAGACCAAGUUUGCCAAGUCCCUCGACCAGUACAACAAGGUGCUGCUCGCAGACGUCGAGCGAUACCAAUUCGUCACCCACGACACGCGCAUCGCUGUCGAGGCACUCUCCAAGAAGCUACUUCGGGAAGAGGCGCGGGUGGCGGAAAUCGAAGCGGCGCACGCGUCGCUCUCAACCCACAUGACGGCACUCUGCACUGUUGACGCAGCCUGGGCGCUCCCGCAAAGCCUCGUGCAGCUCGGUAAAGACCUCGUCGUCGAUCGGCUCACGCAGCUCUUUGGUAUUCACGCCGACGCGCCGACGACUGACGGCUGGACGCCGCAAAUGUCGCUCGACAGCUGCUACGAGCUCGUGCAGUCGACGCUCGCACCGGCGGGUGCCGUCACCGACACCCUCGACGUCCUUGCGCCGCUCGGGAGCUACUUUUCGGCCGCCCCGCUGACGCUGCCAGUGUUUGUCAACGGUCUCCACGACUACUUGCGGGCAAUGCGGGACGAGGCGUCGGACCCGGCGCUGCAAGCCCGCCUCGACGGCUUUUGGCGGCACUUGUUGGCUCCCGAUGAGAAUCCCGAGCCGUCGUGGGCGCGCCAGAACAAGCUCAGCGAUGACAUUUUGCAAAACCAGGAGAAGCUCCUCGCUGUCCUCGAGCACGAAACCGCGGUCGUCGAGCGCGCUGUGCUGGAGAAAGCCAGUCUCAAGCACGCAUAUCCCAGCGAGGCCGUGCCGCAAAUCGACCUCCCCGUGACUGACCCGAGCAUUGCCUGGUAUGACUUGCCGCAGGUCGGCGACCUCAUCUUGGCGUACGAGCGCCCGCUGGUGGCACUCUUCGUCAAGUAUGCGACGCACCACCCCAACUCGCCAACGCCGGUGCCGGCACCGCACUGGGGACCGCUCGAGCGGCAACUGCAGGCGACGUUGACGGCGACGCAACCGCACGCUGUCGCCAUGCACCUGCAGGGCGCGCUGCAGUGUUUCCAAGACCUCAAACUCGUGCCAAAUGCGUUUACGUCCGAGGUUGUCGCCGAGGCCUUUGGGGUCGUGACGCAGCACAACGACAAGGUGCUGUCGCUCCAAGGGUUUAUCCAGGUGUUUGGCGCCUGCAUCUUGCACUCGUACGCCGUGUGCCCUACGCCCAUGUCGGUGCGCGAGAAGCUGCACAAAGCGUGGCACGACGUCGACUGGAGCCGGGUCCAGGUCGGCGGUCGGCACCAAAAGCCCAUUUACGUCGGCGCCGACGUCGAGACGGUUCUCUGGCCGCUCUUUGAUUACUUUGCGACUGGUGGCGACGCCGGCGACGACGGUCGCAUCAGCCUCACGGUCGCCAAGUUUUGCCGGUUCCUCACCGAGAUCGCGGGCGUCGACAAGGAGUCGUGCCGCACCGACGGCGAACUCAUGUUUCGCAAGGCGGUCCGUGUCGGCCGCGGCAGCACUGUCGUCUCCCGCAUGGUCUUCGAUGAAUUUUACCUCGGGAUUUACUACAUGCACCAGCUCAAGGACACAACGCGCCGGUACGAGUCGCCCGGCGAGGCGCUCCAAGAGUGGAUGGCCCAGCUCUAAGACGCCUCUAAGAACAGCGUUUC